AUGGUCGUGGCCCAUACCAAAAGAACGCUGUUGAUGAAGGCCGUAAAAGCUCAAAAUGUCGACAUUACUCUAUUCCUCUUGUCGAGAGGGGCGCCUGUAAAUGAUUUUUCAGAUAUCUCAGGAACAGCACUCCACAUUGCGAUCGAGAAUGAUGACUUGGAUAUGAUUAACAUUUUGCUCCAAGAAGGCGCAGGCGUCAACAUUGUCGAUGCAGCGCAGUUUCAUUCAGCAUUGCACAAGUCAGUAUGGAGAAAAAACAUUGAACUGGCAACUCUGUUACUGGAGCAUGGUGCAGCCGUCGAUUCUCCCAAUGCAUCAGGGGAGACACCGCUACAGCUAGCUUUUGGGCGUGGCGGCAUCGACCUCGUACAGCAACUCCUCGAUCGGGGAGCCGAGGUAAAUACCUCACCGAGUCAAACUUACAUGGGACAUGGAACAGCUUUACAGCUCGCUGCAGUCCACAGCCAUUUCAACAUUGCCAGACUACUUAUUGAGAAUGGCGCAGACAUCAAUGUCCCGCCACCAUUAGCAUCAUCUGUGGAUGAUGCCAGAGUCGCAACCGCGCUUCAACGUGCUGCUAAAUUGGGGCGGAUGGAUAUUGUCUCGUUGCUGCUCCAAAACGACAGGGACAGAGAUAUGAUCCAGGUAAGGUGUAAGGAGGCCGCCGCCAUUGCGACUCGGGGAGGGCAUCACGUUGUGGCACGUAUUCUCCGAGACUACAAUCCUCUACGAACUUGAGACUACUAAGGGGUUUGUUGGUGGGACUUGCACUUAGUGCAGACUGAGCUGGAGACAGAUAGUGGUAAUGCACGGGAUCCAGCAGUGAAUUCAAUGGACGAGGGGUUCAGAUCUUGACCAGAGACAGGAGCAGGCUGGCCGGCGCGUUGGACCUGGACCUACACAGUGG